AUGAGCUCGUCAGGGCAACACAAGGCAGACAUCUUCGUAUUGACAUGCCAAAUGAUUUUUGAUUUCAUGUCGAUAGGUUCAUUGGAAGAACGCCCUAUUUUAGUCAGGAAAUGCACUGCUCGGAUCCUCAAAGAAACCGUUCGCGAUAUAGCAGCUACUCCACAGAUGAGCCACCACAAGAAUGUGUUGAAACUCAUUGGCUGCUGCACAGAAUUUGAGUGUCCAGCUCUCAUUUACGAAUAUUCAGGAACUGAUUUGCUUUCUGAUCUUCUCCACGAACCAAGAAAUCAUCAAAUACAGUCUUGGAAAAGCAAAUUACGGAUUGCAAAUGACAUUGCGAAUGCAAUUGCUUAUCUUCACACUGGAUUUCAAACUCCACUCAUUUAUAGAGGGCUCAAUCCAGGUAAAAUCAUCUUGGACAACGAUAACAUUGCUAUACUAUUUGAUUUCUCACUUUGCAUAUCACUUCCUCCUGGAGAAUUGCAUAUCGAAGUUGAUGGUCAAGUCGGAAGACUCAAUUCUCUUGAUACUACACCGUCUUCUCGUUUUAUAACUCAAAAAACCGAUGUUUAUAGCUGUGGCGUGCUUAUGCUUAUGCCUUUAACGGGACAAAGAGCAAUGUGGAGAGAUCAACAAGUUGCUUCCAUAUUUUCUGUUAUGGCCCCUCAAGAUGGACAGUGA